AUGCUGACGGCACACUAUUUGUUGGCAAGUGCGCUCUUGGUAGUCUGCUUCCUUUGGGUUUCUUCGGGUACUACUGCUUCACUGCUUGGUCCGAGUGGCAGCCGUGGCCCGCCGAGCUUUCCUAAUGGUGCUGCAUUUUCAAACGCAACUGCUUAUGUGAGCUUAGACGUACUUGGCCGUCUUCAACCUCUGAAGCUCGCUGAUCUGAACGCGGAUGAGUACAUCGACGUUCUCGCCAUAGAGCCAACCACCGGCAGGCUAUACGUAUCUUUCUGGAACCACAAUCUAUAUCGUUUCGGGAGUCCUGUUUUAUUGACAGAGAAUGUGACACAUGCCAUUACAGCAGACUUCAACGGUGAUGGCGUUAGCGAUGUCAUGGCUUUCACAAACGCAGGUACAGCGGCACUAUUGCUCGGUAGUCACUCUAGCAACUUUUCAUCCGGCGCGAGCAUUGCUGUGAACGCAAAUGUUUCCACUGCAAUGCUGUUUUCCCGCUACGGAGACCUUCUUCCUGAUGUGCUUGUUCCUGAGGGGAAUGGGAGCUUCCUUGUGUUGACGAACAGACGCAAAGCCAAAGGGACCUUCCAAUUAUCGCAGUGGACUCCGGCUCUGUGUUCCAUCGAGAAAAACAUUACUGCUUUCGUUGACAUGAAUGGCGACUGUCUACCAGAUCUUGUUCUUUUGUGCAGUGAUGGCAACGGCAGCAGCCGGUUGCAGCCGAAUCCGAUGCCACCGCGCUCUCGUGAAGGACCGCCACAAGGGCCUCCCUCCGCCACAGGAUCAGGCCCACAAAUCGCAGUCUGGUACAGUCCGGGGACGGGGGAUAUUCUCUCGUCAACGACACCGAGCAAGGUUUGGACGCCAUUUGGAGGUUCACUUCAGGUAGAGCAGCUGUUGUUCGCGGAUUUUACGGGAUCAGGCACGAUCAGCAUACUAGCUCUGACAAGCAAUGGGGGGCUGUCGUUCGUGAGUAACAACCACGGUAAUGGUGGCUAUGGUCAACGUUGCAACUUCCAUGGCUCUGCGAAUCUUCUGAAUUCUGUGGCUGUUGCUAUAUCAAGUUCGUCUGGUGCUUCGAAUGUGCCUCUCCGUCCCAGCGCACAAAUGGUGCUUGUAGAUUACAACUACGAUGCAUUCCCAGAUUUGUACGUGAUGAACGGCAGCACUGGUGUGAUUCUCAAGAAUACUGCCCAGAAAAACAGUCUCGCUUUUCAGCUACAAACACAAGAAUCCUUCAGUGCCUUGUACAACGUGUCUGAGCCGGUUGUUGCCGCAGCAUACGACACAGAUCAGGAUGGUCGCCAGGAUCUGUUGAUUAGUGCAUCAGAUGGGAUUGAACUCUGGUUGAAUACGAUCUCGCAGACACGAAACUUCCUUGAAACAGCAGUCCAAACGGCGGUAUCCCCGUACGAUAAUCCGCGGCCUUUCACCGAAUCCAUCGGUUCGACAUCGAUCGUUGCAUUCCAAGCGACCAACGGGUUGCAACUCUAUGCAUGCACGCAGUGUCCCCAGUCGGGUUCUCGGCAGUUCAUUUCGGCAUGCCAGUGUUUCACUGGUUUGAACACGAUGCUGAAUUAUGUCCAGGAAAUUGCGAUCGGUGCCGGUAGUAGUCAGCGCUCGUGGACAAAUCUGCUGCCGAACUCUUUUGCUAUUAUCUAUCCCCAGGACCCUUCAAAUCCGAAUACGUGGCGCCUGGAGUUUUACACCCAGCGGAAUCUUCGCAGCGUAAUCGGUGUCAUUAUUGUGCUCGCUUCAGCGAUGAUCCUACUCGGGGGAAUCAUUCUUUUCCUGCUCUGGAGGGAAUAUUGUCAGGACAAACAAGCGCGGUUAGCCAGAGAGGCAUAUCAAUCUUUUGGUCAGUAUUCCUGA